GCCAGCCCGAGCCGCCAGUCAGUCCACGCGCGGCGCUCGAAGUGUGAGGACGUACCGCCGCGUCCAGGUUCCAGCAGCGCCGCGAGAUCGUGCCGAGUGGAGCCGAGAGCCGGCCGCGAACAGUGUUGUGCCUUUCUGGAUUACCUCCUUGGAUUACCCUCGCCGCCACUUGGAUUAAAUGCUGCCGCCUUGGAUUACCGCCGCCAGUGUCCAGUGCCAGUGAUUGUGAAGUGACUUUCUUUCUGAAAAAGAGAAGCCGGCGAGGCGCUGCGCCUUGCACCGGCAGUGGUUCCCGAAUGCUCAUGGGAGUGUUGGAUACCGCCAGCAGCAUGUUGACCUCCGGGGCCAACCAGUACCUGCAGCCGGACUACCUCUCGCCGCUGCCCACCACGUUGGACGCCAAGAAGAGCCCGCUCGCGCUGCUGGCGCAGACAUGCAGCCAGAUCGGCGCGGACUCGCCGUCCAAGCCGCUGUCCCAGGACGCGGCCAAGGCCAAGAAGCACUCGACGUCGUCGGGUCGGCCGGCGUCGUCCGAGCGGCCGGGCCCCAGCCCCGCCAACAAGCGCAGCAGCCCCGCCAGCGCCUCCAGCGCGGCGUGCAGCCCGCCGGCCGCGUCGCCGUCGCACGGCGGCUCCAAGCUCGCCUUCAAGCCGUACGAGGCCAACGUGCUGUCGCGGCGUGAGGACAGGCCGCCGUCCAAGGCCGGGUCCGAGGCCGCCGCCGACGACCGGAGCAGCAAGUCGUCGGGCAGCGCGCAGGCCGCCAGGAAGUCCACGUCGCCGCGGACCUCCUCGCCGCCCACCAAGACCGCCACGUCGCAGGCCGCCGCCUCGUCGCCCAGCGCCAGCCGCGGCGCCAGCCCGCUCAUCCGCUCCGGCCUGGAGGUGAUGCAGGGCCACUCCAAGGACAUGCAGGCCCUGGGCGCCUUCAAGGCGGCGGGGCUGGCCGGGCUGACCAGCGCGCAGCUGGCGCAGCUGUGCUGCCCGCCCGGCUACGAGGCGCACCACCCCGCCUUCCGGCCGCCCUUCGCCGGCACCUCGCCCUACAGCCAGCACCACGCCGCCGCGCUGCUCGCCGCCGGCUACCACAACAACCCCUACUUCUCGUACCAGCGCGUCAAGUCGGCCACCGGCGUGGAGACCAUCGUGCCCAUCUGCAAGGACCCGUUCUGCCAGGGCUGCCAGUACAGCAUGCACAACACGAUGCUGUCGCUGGGCGCGCCCUGCCCGCCCGGCUGCACCACGUGCGACCACCACAAGUACUCGCUGUCGUCCGCGCUGGCCGGGUACCCGCCGGGCGCUGCCGCCGCGGCCGCCGCGGCCCUGCAGGGCGCCGGCCGGCCCUACGUGUGCAGCUGGAUCGCGGGCGAGUCGUACUGCGGCAAGCGCUUCGCGUCCUCCGACGAGCUGCUGCAGCACCUGCGCUCGCACACCGGCCCCGCCACCGCCACCAGCACGGCGUCCGGCCUGCCCGCGCUCGGCCCCAGCGGCCUGCCCUCGCCCACCGCCUACUCGCGGUACCACCCCUACGCCAAGCCCGGCGCCGGCCCCGGCGGCUCGCCCACCGGCCUGCUGCCACCGUCCGCUGCCUCGCCCUACGCCGCCUUCAGCCCGCCGGGGCUGUCGCCCGGGCACCCCAUGGCCGUGCCGCUGUCGCCCUACUACUCGCCGUACGCGCUCUACGGCCAGCGCAUGGGGGCCGCCGUCCACCCCUGACGGGAGGGGGGCCAGGGCCUCAGCCAGGGCCUCAGCCAGGGCCUCAGCCGCCCGGACAACCAAAGUUACCCUCCACGGCCCAAGACCUAGCGCUCGUCCAGGCCCCACCCUGUGGCGCCAGGGCGACGCCGGGGCCACCUCGCCUGUGAUACUUUUCUGUGUUAGUUAGGCCCUCAGUGACACAAGCACCCCUCGACCGCCACCGCCACCACCAUCAGCCCCGUCCUCAUCUGGAAUGUGUUUUUUCGCGAAUUAGCAUAGCUCAAUGUAAGGGCGGCCAUCUUGAAGUGCCAGUGAGUGUUCUGAGUGUUGGUUUCGCCUUUAAUAGCCUGUUUUAUUAUUAUUUAUAUCUCCCGCUUGGAAUGGGAGCGUCCGCCUGACAGCAGAUAUAAAUUACAAUGUCUCCGUAAUUUAUACUCGCUCCCCCCUCCUCUCGGCACCGCCGCGGCGGCUCGGCCGGGCUCGGCUCGGCCCUGUUAUACUGCCGCGGAGGCUCGGCUCGACUCGGCCCGGCCCUCGUAUAUCCAUUUUUUCCACACACUCGAGUGAGAGGAGUGGGGAGGGGGAAAGCCGGCUGCAACUCGUAAAUUAUCUCGCGAGGGCUGCAAUAAAAACUAAUGUUAACUUAUUCCUGUUUUAUGAUGUACAUUUGCAACGAAAUGCUGCUCUUGAUAAUUCACGUGCUAAAGCAAUGGCCGAGCCGCUGGCCCGUCAUGUGUGUGUGUGUGCAGUAGGUCGAUGAGGGGAAACGCAUCUUGUUGUUGUUGUUGCUAUGCUGCGAUAAGUCAUUAACGCCAACCUGAUUGAUUGUUAUCAAAAACUAAGUUAUAUUAGCCUAGACAAAUAUUAUAAGAAUUGAUAUGAUCAGGACCGAAAAAUGUCUUUCACCAGAUAUCGAGAAACAAAAAGACUACUGUACGAAAAAAAGUAAAUAUUGGAGAGAGUGAGAUUGUCCUCUUGGUAGAUAGCCACGUAUGUGAGUGCAUGUACAUAUAAUGUUGUUUCCACAUACAAUACUUGAAUAAAAGUAUACGUUGUUUCUACCCUGAA